AUGGAGCCCGAGCCCGCCACCCCGCGUGCCUUGGCACCCUCGACGACAUACGACCCACAACAAGGAUCGUUAUCUGACCUCACCCUCGACGAUGGCUUCUACAGCGCGUCGGCGGCAGCGGCGACGCCGCAGCCAGAAGCUGCAACGGAACCGAUGGCGAGCCUCCUGCGUGUGAAGGCAUUACCACGGAUCCCGGAGACGUCCGGGCAACAACAAGGAUACUCCCCCGGCAUGGCCUAUGUGACGGUCUACAAGCCCAGGCUCCAGCUCCGUCACAAGUCCCGCGGCGAAGAUUCGACCCUCUCGUCGAAUUAG